AUGUCGUACAGAAUCGCCGCCCCCGAUGAGUACCUCGCCAUCACGGGUAUGUCCGUGAAGACGGUCAAGAUCACAAAGGCCGCGUGGGUCUGGCCCUUCCAGCGCUGCAUGCGCUUCUCCGUCCAGCCCCACGACUACGCCAUGAACCUCCAGGCCAUGACCAAGGAGAAGCUCCAGUUCCUCCUCCCCGUCGUCUUCACCGUCGGCCCGGACGUCAACUCCCGCGGCGCCAACGCCCAGCACCCUGCCCACGGUGACGCCUCCGCCGCCGCCGCCCACGCCGACGACGACGACUACAUCCCCGCCAACCGCCGCGAGGACCGCGGCGACGCCCUCAUGAAGUACGCCAUGCUCCUCGCCGAGGCCCUCGACAAGAAGGGCGGCUCCAUGGCCCACCUCGAGAACAUCGUCAAGGGCGUCAUCGAGGGCGAGGUCCGCGUCCUCGUCUCCAGCAUGACCAUGGAGGAGAUCUUCACCGAGCGCGAGGUCUUCAAGCGCCGCAUCUUCAAGAACAUCCAGUCCGAGCUCUCCCAGUUCGGCCUCGUCAUCUACAACGCCAACGUCAAGGAGCUCAAGGACGCCCCCAACUCCAUCUACUUCGAGUCCCUCUCCCGCAAGGCCCACGAGGGCGCCACCAACCAGGCCCGCAUCGACGUCGCCGAGGCCCAGCUCCGCGGCAACGUCGGCGAGGCCCAGCGCAAGGGCGAGCAGGACCGCGAGAUCGCAAAGAUCAACGCCGAGACCGCCGUCCAGAAGACGGAGCGCGACAUCGAGCGCGCCACCGCCGAGGCCAACCUCGACACCCGCCAGGCCUCCCUCACCCGCGACGUCGACAUCGCCCGCGUCCAGGCCCAGCGCGCCCUCGAGUCCAAGGACGAGGACCUCAAGAAGGAGGUCGAGGUCAAGCGCGCCGCCGCCGAGAUCGAGCGCCUCCGCGCCCGCGACGUCGUCAAGGCCACCAUCGAGCGCGAGGCCCGCCAGCAGCAGGCCGACGCCGAGGCCUACGCCGUCGAGGCCGACGCCCGCGCCCAGUUCGAGAAGAAGAGGCGCGAGGCCGAGGCCGCCCAGUACGCCGCCCAGCUGGCCGCCGAGGCCGACCUGGCCGUCGCGCUGAAGACCGCCGAGGGUGUGUCGGCGAUGGCGGACGCCUACGGCAAGAUGUCGCAGGCCUUCGGCGGUCCCGCGGGCCUGAUCCAGUACCUGAUGAUCGAGAAGGGCACGUACGUGCAGCUGGCCCACGCGAACGCGGAGGCGAUCCGCGGCAUGGAGCCCAAGAUCAGCGUGUGGAACACGGGCAGCGGCGGCGGGAGCCAGGGCGAGGGCGGCGCCAGCUCCGCGACCGACACGAUGCGGAACGUCUACCAGAUGCUGCCGCCUUUGAUGACCACCAUCAACGAGCAGACCGGUAUUCAGCUGCCAUCUUGGCAAUUCGGUACACUGCCGGCUGGCAUGAACGCGAUGCAGGGCGAGUCGAAGAAGGGGGUCAACGGCACCAUGUAA